AUGGACGUGGCCUGGGACGUGCGCGUGCAGUCGUCCCACGGAGUAGCAGGAGGAGCUGCCCUGCUCACCUGCACUGUGCCAUCCAUUGUGAAGAACCAUGUCACCGUCUCCAGGUGGUUUAAAGAUGGAAACGUGCUGGCACCGCUCGCUGCUGAAGCCGGUGGUCGCUACAUCGUGGGUGGCAGCCGCAGCGACAUUCUGGUGGUGCGCGACGCCCGGCCGGAGGACAGCAGCUCCUACUCCUGUGAGGCGCAGCAUGCCCUCACUGGGGAGAAGAGGAGGAGUCCAGCUGCUAUGGUUACAGUCUCACAUGCGUCGUCGAGUAUGGCGCCGCGGAUGCUGACAGUGUCAGAUGAUGAGAUGGUGCCCCAGGGAGGUGACAUCAGGCUGGUGUGCUGCGCUAUUGGAAGUCCACCACCAACAUACAGUUGGUUCCGUCACUCCAACGGUCGACUAAGUCCAGUGUCCAAUAGCAUCAGGAUAUCGGUGUCCGACCAAGUGCUGAUCAUCCGCCGAGCGCAGCUGUCUGACGGCGGGGUGUGGACGUGCAGGGCUCACAACCAGUUCGGGGAGCAGAGGAGAGACGCCAGACUGAGGGUCAGGUCACGGCUGGUCGUCAGUGUACAUCCGCAGUUACAGUUAGUCAUGGCCAAGUGUGGUGGUUGUGGCAAAUUUAUCUCUUCGGCUGAUUGCGUCCGUUGCACCAGGUGCCCAGGUGCUUAUCAUCCCGGCUGUGUGGGUUUUCCGGCAUCAGCCAAAGUAUCGCCGACCUGGCUCUGCCCGGGCUGCAAGGCCAAGGCACCCAGGCUAGACAACUCAGCUACUCCGGUUAAGAGCGCCAUGUCUGAGUGCUGCACGGAAACCCAAAGCCAAUUGAGCGACGUGGAUCUUCCCCCGAGUGCCACCGACCUAAAUGUGGCGUAUGAGAUUAGGUGCUUUAGGCAAGAAUUGGGUGCAAUGAGGGAUGAGUUUCGUCAAUUCCAAGCCGAGCUCCUGAGUCUGCGUACGUCAGUAAAUGAUUGCAACCAACGUAUGAAUAAUAUUGAGAGCAAAGUGACUGACAUUGAGAGGCGCUUUGAGGAGCAGGGUCCUGCGAAAUACGACGCUGUGGAAGCAACCAUAGCAGCUUUAAGGGCGCAACUAAACGACCGAGAUCAGGAACUCCUACAGAACGACCUGAUAAUUGCUGGCAUACCGGAGACUAAGGGUGAAAAUCAAUUCCACACUAUCAGGGUCUUAUCAUCUAAACUGGGUGUCACCCUGGAGGAGCAAGAUGUUGUAAACAUCGAGCGCAUCGGUGCCGUGAGGCGUAAUUUCAUCGAUGGUGUUGACUCGGCGCCGGGAGGGAUGCGGGUGCGCGUCAUCGCAGUGCGACUGGCGCGUCGCGUUGUCCGCGACCAACUGCUGCGGGCGGCGCGCGUGCGACGCGGCCUCGCCACCGCUGACCUCGACAUGAGCGGCCCACCGCGUAGGGUAUACAUAAACGAGCGUCUCACACCGGCUAACAGCAAAUUGUUCCACAGCGCUCGUGAGGCUGGGCAGCGGGCUAGGUAUAGGUACGUCUGGACAAAGGACGGACGCAUCUAUGCGCGUAGGGAGGAUGGGGUCCCUGCUCAACGUAUCCACAAUGAUGCGGACCUGGCGCAGAUUUUUGGCAACAGUCGAGUAGCGAAUUCUGGGAGCUCGGUGGCUUUCAACUGUUCGGUGGAAGGUGGAGAUGCUCGUGUGCGAUGGUUGCAUGAUGGAGUCCCGGUGGGAGGCGGGGAGCGGACGCUGAGGGUGCACGGAGUCGUCAGGGCACACCGAGGCAUGUACCAGUGCUUCGCCGAGAGGGACUUGGACAGCGCACAGGCUGCCGCUGAACUGAGGCUAGGAGACGAACCUCUGCAAGUACACUCGAAUCGGCAGAAAUGUUCGUUUCGUCUGUUUAUUUUAUGUUCGCUACUUGAAAAGUUCUCGGGAACCUCUUUAAGAAAACGAGCUGAUAAGGUGAUUCAAUUAAAUUAUAAUAGAACGCGUCGCUACGACUUGUUGGAAGGCAGUGCUGAAGCAUCGGCCGUGGCUAAUAACUUACCUAUAGGCGAGCAUGCCUCCUGCUGCGCCCGUUAUGGUGGCCAUAACUCGCGCAAUAAUGUCGCGGACAGCCCAAGUAUAAGUCAGUUCCUGAACUCGAACGGGGAUGUGGUGAGCUACAUGAAUCUGACAUCAGUGCGGCCUGAGGAUGGCGGCCGGUAUACCUGUAGGGCGCACAACUCCAGGGGAGCCGUUGAGCAUUCCACCAGGCUUAAUGUAUAUGGUCCACCUUCAAUCCGUAACAUCGGUCCUGUGAGGGUAGUGGCCGGAGUGAACACCACCAUCUACUGUCCAUUCUCCGGAUUUCCAAUCAGUGAGAUUCGGUGGCAACGUGGUGGAUUGGACGUCAGCUCUACGGGAGGCCGCGCGCUAUCAGGAGUAGGAGGGGAACUGCUGUUGUGGCCAGCAGAGCCUGCUGAUGCAGGGGUCUACUCCUGCAGAGUGACAUCACCAUCGGGACAAUAUGCUCAGAAAGAUGUUCAAAUUUUUGUGAGAAAUCCACCAAAAAUCGCCGGGUUCUCGUUUCCACUUGAUUUAGUAGAGGGCAGUUCUAUACAAGUACUGUGUGGGAUCACGUCAGGUGACAAACCAGUUUACUUUUCCUGGCUGAAAGAUGGACAGCACAUACCAUCAGGUUUACAGGUUCAAGAGAAAUCACUGGACGAGUUCAGUUUCUUGAUAUUCUCUCAUGUUACGUCAAAACACAGCGGUGACUACACUUGCGUUGCUAGCAACUCCGCAGCAGAAGUUAACCACACCGCCAGAUUGGCUGUAAAAGUGGCUCCAUCAUGGGUGUAUGAGCCUCAAGAUGUAUCAGCUCUUUUAGGAACCCAGAUCUUAGUACACUGUUCUACUAAAGGAUACCCUGAACCGAGGAUAUCUUGGCUCAAAGGUCAUGGUUCUGGAGUGAGUGAUUUCCGACCAGUUUCAAAUCUGGAUCUUCAGUUUUCUGUACUUCCCAACGGAACCCUGAGUAUAGCGCCAGCUGCUCAUCAUCAUGAGGGACAAUACAUGUGUCGGGCAGAGAAUGGCAUUGGGAGGGGGCUCUCAAAAAUCAUUGCGGUAUCAGUCAACGAAUUCCCAGAAGCCCCAGUAGGGCUGCACAUAUCCCGUCGGUCGGGUCGCGGUGCGUCCCUGUCAUGGCGGCGCGGGUAUGACGGCAACGCGCGCGUGUUGCUGUACCGCUUGCAGUAUCGCGUCGUGGGGGAUACACGGAGACCUGACGCAGGAGACUGGGCUGACGCACCCACCAGAGAUGUGCCUGCUGAAAGGGUUGUUGAAAGACAAGAUCUCGAGUCGGGUUCAGAAGUAAACCUAGAAUACAGGGUAGAGGGGUUGCGACCAGCCACAGCGUACGCACUGAGACUCGCUGCAGUGAACGCUAUAGGUGACAGUGACUACUCGGAACCUGUCAUUGUACAGACUUUAGAAGAAGCUCCAUCAGAACCACCACACAACGUACAAGUGCAGGCAACAGCACCAGGAGAGCUGCUCGUGAAAUGGCAGGCACCACCACAAGAGUCAUGGAACGGUGAGCUCCUAGGCUACGUGGUGACAUGGCACGAGGCAACAUCGCUGGGGGACAACAAGACGUCAGCGCUGACGGCAGCGGGGUGGGGCGCGGCGCACGCGGUGCUGGUGUCGCUGCGCACGCACGCGCAGUACGAGGUGCGGGUGCGCGCCUUCAACGCCGUCGGCGCCGGCCCGCCCUGCGCACCGCUCACUGCCACCACUCUCGAAGGAGCUCCGGAAGGUCCGCCAGAAAGAGUGCGCUGCGAGCCUUUGUCAGCGCAGUCAGUACGCGUGUGGUGGGAGCCACCACCUCCAGCGCUCAGAGGUGGAGUGUUGCUGGGAUACGAAGUAUUGUAUGAGACCGUCGACGAAUUGGAGAGUCAAGUCGAGACCCGUCGCUCUGGUGGCAUGGAGACAGUGCUGCAGGCGUUACAGCGAGCUGCCAACUAUAGUAUAGCGGUGCGCGCUAGGACCGCAGCUGGGACCGGACCUACUUCUGAACCAGUUUAUUGUGCCACACAUGAAGAUAUACCAGGGGCUCCAAUGGAUAUAAAAGCAGUAGCUAACUCAGAAGAUACAGUGAUCGUAAGUUGGCUUGCACCACUUCAGAAGAAUGGCAAGAUCAAGCAUUACACUGUUUAUAAUAGACCACAAAGAACAGGCCAGCACUCCCACAUUAUGGUACUCCACACAGAAGAGGAAGAGGAGUAUCAAGUAGAAGUGAGAGGUCUUCAAGAACACAUAGUGUACGAGUUUUGGGUGACGGCGGCUACUUCGUCUGGUGAAGGAGAGAUGAGUGCUAUAGUCGCUAGGAAACCGAAUCCCAGAGCACCAGCGAAAAUUACAUCGUUUGGGCGUCGACUGGAGGUGAAGGAAGGCAGUCGAGCGCGCGUCACCUGCGCUGCAGCGGGCGCGCCGCCCCCACACCGCGCCUGGUCCCGCCGCCGACCCGCACCUCCUCUAGCUCACGAUGCUAACUUCCUCAUCGAUGGACCCUACCUCAUAAUCCUUAAGGUGGACCGCAGCGCGGCGGACAACUACUCGUGCUCGGUGCGCAACCCGUGGGGGGAGGAGCGCGCCGCUUGGGAGCUGCGCGUGCUGGCGGCGCCGGCGCGGCCCCAGCUGCGGCUGGCCGCCGCCGCGCCCGCCCGCCUGCAGCUACUCUGGGAGAAACCCCACGCCGGGGGAUCUAACCUGCAUGGCUACAUUCUGGAGUACUGUCGGUCGGACGCCAGCAGAUGGCAGCAGACUCGUCUCCCGGCCGACACGCGCACGCACUCGCUGGAGCGGCUGGCGUGCGGCACGCUCUACAAGGUGCGCCUCACUGCGUACAACGCGGUCGGAUCCUCGCCGCCCAGCGACGAACUGAUUGUCUCCACUAAAGGAGGACCAUCGAAAGCAUCACCCGAGAAGGACCUGAUCACAACGAACAGUACGUGCGUGCGGCUCAACUUACUGACAUGGGACAGCAAUGGAUGCCCUCUGACACAGUUCUCAGUAUCUGUGAGGAGUUUCGAGGAGUCGUCGUGGAUGACACAGACUGUGUCACCGGCAGCACAGCCCACUGUUAUUUGUGGCUUGACAUUGGCAACUUGGUACCAUUUGAAAGUGGUUGCAGUGAGCGCCGCGGGGACGACGCUUGGCAACUACUACUUCUCUACUCUAACUGAAAAUGGAGACCGCAUACCGGCACCGGCUCACUUCCCCCCCGGAGGUGAGGAGGGGGAGGAGCGUGCGACGGCCGUCCUGGCUGCGGCCGGCUGCGGGCUACUCGCUGCACUGCUGCUACUCGCUACACUGGCUUACAAACGAAGUCCAUCAGCAUCGUGCUUCAGAAAAGGUUACGAGCAGGGAGAUAUCUCAGAGGAGGAGGAUAAGUCAGUGGAGAAGCGGGACAACAGGCGGAACUGUCAACAGGUGUACACGUCCUCUCCCAUCAAGCAUCCUAUUGGGAAGAAAGAUCAACAAGAGAUGUACGAGAUAAGUCCGUACGCGACGUUCAGCAUGUCGGGCGGCGCGGGGGGCGCGGGGGGCGCGGGCGGCGCGGGCGCGGAGGCGGCGGAGGGCGCGGCGGGCGGCACGCUGCGCACGUUCGGGCGCGCCGAGCCCGCGCCGCUGCAGGCCGCGCCGCCGCGACAUCUGCACCACCAUCUGCAUCACGACAACGCAGAUGAGUACACGUUGUCUCGAGCGAUGACGCUGAUGGUGCGUCGUUCGGAGUCUGACUCAGACUCGAGCGGCUCGCCAUGCGCCGAGUGUAACUCCAGCGUCUCCUACAGGAUGCCUGUCACGCCGGGGAAAGACGAGGUGUUCCGCGCAGUGACGGACUCGAGCGCGGAGUCGGCGGGCGACGCGCGGUCCGUGGCGCGGCCGCACGACAAGGCGCGGCGCCGCCCGCGCAGGCACCACACGCCCACUGCGUCUAGGUAA